AUGGAGGUCGUUGCUCUUGUCUUUGCCGUAGAACUUGCUCUUCAAAUUGUUGCAGCUGCUGAUGAACCUGCUUUACGCUCAUCAGAUGAACCUGCCAACUGGUCUCAUCCCUUCGCAGUGUUGAGCUUCGCUGGGCAAAAUUUGAAGUCUGACGAUUUCGAAAUUCCCUCGGAUACAUUGCGAGAGAUAUUUCGCGGUGAUUCUCUCCUUGUAUUGAAAAGCUUCGCUACCGCAAUCGAGGUCGAGUUGUUAAAUCCAGAAACCGAACUCGAAGUUGCCACUGUUCGUUUGUCAUAG